UCCUGUCUGAGGAAAACAGAGCUGGAGCAUUUCGAUGGACUUUCCCUCAUUUACUGGACGCUGAUGGGACCAUAUGGAGUAGAUCGAGCAGUGCAUUUGAUGCAGUUUUCAGACUGUGAGAAUGGAUUAGGUAUCAAAGUCAUUGGUGGUGUGAAGGAAGUAACAGGAGAGGAGUUUGGAGUUUACGUGAAGAGGAUCUUACCAGGUGGCCUUGCCUCCAUUGAUGGACACCUACAGCCUGGAGACCAGAUCUUGGAGGUGAAUGGAGAAAGUUUGAUUGGUGUAACGAGUGAGAGAGCGGUGGAUAUUCUCAGAGCAGCUUCAUCCACAAACCACAUGCGUCUUCUGAUAGCACGGGAUGAGGAAGCCCGGAAAGAAUUUGCUGAGCUGAUGGAGAAAUACGGCUCUAACGGCAGCACUGGUUCCAUGAGGAACUCCCCCAUUCAGCACACAGGCAGAUAUGUGGACAGCACGUCAUCAGGGUCUUCGUCCAGAUCCCAGAGUCCUUUGCUGCUCAGUCCAGCAGGGUCUCAGAUUGUCUACAACGGCACAGCACAGCUACUACGCUCACUCAGUCACCCAGGUGAAGGUGUGAUCCAGCUGAUCUCAGUGACUCGCUCCAGCACUCUGGGUCUCUCAGUCAGCGGAGGCUCUAACAGACCAGACGGCCCAGCCGUGUUCAUACAGGAAGUGAUAUCAGGAGGCGACUGCCAUCGAGAUGGACGACUCAGAACAGGAGAUCAGCUCAUCGCCAUUAACAAGGAGUCGCUGAUCGGAGUCACACACGAGGAGGCCAAAUGCACCAUCAACAGAGUGAAACUCAGCCGUGAGCCGAUGGUGGAGAUCGCCUUCAUUCCAGGGAAAGGCCAUUUCCCCUGCAGCUCGUCGUUACACAGCGGAGUUCAGAGAGCCGUAGCGAACGGAUACAGCAGGUUAAAAGUGCACGUCACGUCUCCUGAGGUUCGAUCAGAAGACACAGGACCAUCCUUAUCUCCUGACAUCAGUCCCGCGGACAUUCACGUCUCAGCAGCUUUGACCACACCGAGCAACGGUGCUGCGUCCAAACCAAAAGUUUCUCUGGAUCCCCACAUACGGCUGCGAUCAGAGAAACUCGACCUGGCUCUGUCUUACCUCGGACUGGACGUCACAGAGGAGAAAAGAAGGAAAAUCAGAGAGAGUUUGUCCACAGAUCCUCAAGGGACAGUGUCUUACGGGGAGUUUGUUGAAGCCACACGUAACGUGUACCACGAUAAGCUGGAGGAGGCGGGGCUUGCGCAGGGACCCUUCAUGUUCUCCUACCAUGAGGCAGCAAGUUUGAUGGACACGUCAGCCUUCCACUCACCUACAUGUGACUCUGAGUGCAGCUACAGCAGUGAGGAGAUGGAGCAGUUUCAGUCUGAGGUGAAGCAACGGCAAACACAGAUGAAACAGCUGAAGGGUUUACUGGAGGACACAGAGGACAGUAAAACAUCUCUAGAGGAAGAACUUCAAAAAAGCACAGAGAAAUCCAAAGCUACAGUGGAAGACAGUGAGACAUUGAGCAGGCUUGAGGAGUCUGAGGCUGUUCAGAUGCAGACUAACAGUGCUGAACAGGACUAUGAGGAGGUCAUUCGGCUUCUGGAGGCCGAAAUCAAAGAUCUGAAGGAGAAACUCGCUGAAAAGAAACACACAAGUUUGCAGGAAGACAUGAUGGAACUGAACAAGAGGCUUUCCAUUAUCGACAGUCAGCUAAGAAAGUCUGAACUCACCAGAAAGCAUCUGGAAAUCUCAAAUAAAAAGCUGCUGGGCUUUGCUCAUAAUGUUCAUAAAGUCCUCACCAGUGGCAGUUUAUUUGCAACGGAGAACAGGUCAUCCCCAGCAACAGACAGUCCGGAACUCUUAGACUCCACCCACCAGCUUGUAGCUGAGGCCAGAGAGCUCAUGGAGCGAGUGUGUCACCUUUGUGCAGAUGAUCACACGUUACCACAGAUCACCGAGAAAACUAUCAUUGGUCCAGGGUUCGAGUGCGUGGUCGAGUAA